AUGAUCCGAUUAGCAAAACGGCCAAUAAUAUUGACCCUCAUUUUCUCGUUUGUCAUCCUCUCGGUGUUCUACACUUCGAAAUCAAAUAACCAAAUAUCCAUUGAUGCUCCUCGCUUCAAUAAGGAAACUACCAUUGGAGUUUCAUCUUCAUCAUCAUCAUCAUCUCAUUCUCUGACCACAUCCACCAAUAACAAUGAUAAUGAAGUUCAAAAGGAGCUGAUCUCUACUAAUGAUAACAAUAAUGAAAUCCCAAAAGAGCUGAUGACUACUAAGAAUAAUCACAAUAAUAAUGAUAAUAAUAAUGAUAGUAAUAUUGGAGAGGACACCGGAUUGAAAGCCUUCAUGCCAAAAAUGGAAAAUGCCACCUUGAAAGCCGAACUUGGGAGAUCGACUUGGAAAUUACUCCACAACGUUCUUGCCAGAUACCCUGACCAUCCCACCGACACUGAAAAGGACUCGCUAAAGCAAUUCUUCAAUUAUUUUGUCCAAGUAUACCCUUGUGGCGACUGUGCCCAGCAUUUCCAAAAAUUAUUAGAUAAAUUUCCGCCACAAGUGAACAGCAAACAGACCGCGGCGCUAUGGGGGUGCCAUAUCCAUAACAAAGUCAAUGAGCGGUUGCAGAAACCAAUUUACGACUGCACCGGUAUUUUAAACGAUUAUGAUUGUGGAUGUGGGGGAGAAGGAGAAGGAGAAGGAGAAGAUGAUGCUGAACAAAAUGAGUUCAAGAGUCUUUCUUCGUCAUCGGGGAGUUCUCGUGAUAAAGAGAAGUUCCAAGUAGGGAUCAUUGAUUCUAAUAAAGAAACCAUCGAGCAUUUGGAAAGUAUAAAGAUCGAAUCUUCAGAAGAGUACCAAAGAGGUGGUUGA